GUCAUAUUGGGUCCACACAUCCAUGUCUAUGGGCUCCGUGGCGUUUAGUUUCCGUGUUUUUGUUGUAGGUACAUUAAACGUCGAAUUCAUAAAUUGGAUAUUGUAUUUACGGAGUGUUCUAAGACUUGCGAGAGUUUUAAUAGAAUUAAAAGUCACUUUGCUAUACUCUGAUAAUGCCUAAAAAGUGUUGUAUUAAAGGCUGUGGCAUGAAAUAUGACAAAGCAUCUGGUAUAUCUCUUCACAAGUUUCCGCAGAAUGAAGAACUGUGCCAGAAGUGGCUUGAACGUAUUGGGUUCGAAAAUAUGAAUCCUGAACUUAAAGUACCAAAAGUCUGUUCACGACACUUUCCAGAAUCAGACUUCAAUAGAACCCUUGGUGUAAUAAGGCUGCGCGAUGAUGUAGUACCAUCGAUCCACCUUGUACCUUCAAAGAAAACACAUGAGCCAGCUCUAUAUGAAAUUGAAACUGUUAACGAAGAUGCAGUCUCCACGAGUUCCAUUGAGUCACAACCAACCUUGCCAGUGGAGCACAUAUAUAUAAGAUCUGAAAAGCCUUCAAAGAAAACACAUGAGCCAGCUCUAUAUGAAAUUGAAAAUGUUAAAGAAGAGGCAGUCUCCACGACUUCCAUUGAGUCACAACCAACCUUACCAGUGGAUCACAUAUAUAUAAGAUCUGAAAAGGUACAGCAUCAGCCAUCCAACUUGCAAAAGAAUGAGAGAAUACAAGAAAUAUGCAUUAAGCAGAGAAAAGAGAUUAAAAAAUUGAGGCAACGAAUUCGUCGCCAAGACCAAAAAAUCUUAAAAAUGGAAAAUAUUAUUAAUGAUUUAAAAAAAAGGGGUAUAAUAAUCAUCUCUUUGGAUUGAAGCAUUUUACUUUGGUCUCGCACUGAGGUUUGAGCAUGAAUCGUCACGCUUAUUUAAAGCGGAUAGACGUUAAAAGUUCAGGUGUCCCCACGAUGUUUUUCCAUUGUUGUAAACAAUCAUAGCAAGUACAUAUAACCUAAAAAUAGUCACAAUCGUACUUGCCAGGUUUCCAAACCGCACCCUUGUUCAUGAGAAGCAGGUACCUUAACCUAUAUACCACCACAAUUUGAUUAUGGUGAAUAAAGAUAUUUUUUUCAAAAUAA